UAUUUUGACUUACGGUAUCUCUUUUCUCCAGUUCAACCAACUUUACAAAGAUCUUUUCUUUCAAAGGCAUACAGCUGGAUUCUUGUAUAGUGUUUAACGACUCAAAAGCCCGACUACACUUAUCUGGCGACCAACGUUUGCCACGUUGUAGACUUACCACAAGUCAAUCUUAUCAGUGUUUCUUCACUAUAUUCCCUGUCAGUGGAGUUACAGUAGCUUGAAGCGUGGGAAAAGGCUCUCGAAGAGCAGGUGCUCGAGGAGGGAAAGAAUAACAUGUGCCUAUUUGGCUUGGGCUACCUGUGGACAGUUCUAAAUCCAAAAAUUCAAGAUGGCGGACGAGGAGUUGGCUGGAUUGAGGGCGAAGAGAAUGGCUGAAUUACAGCAACAACUAGGGGGCCAAGAUAUGCAAAAUCUACAGCAGCAGCAACAACGACAAGAAGCGAUGAAAAGGGAAAAUGAAAUGAGAACUGCAUUGCUAUCUCAGAUAUUGGAUCAGUCAGCCAGGGCAAGACAAGAGUUAGUGAACAGACACAGAAAAAGACCACAGUGAAGUUCAACAGGCGACGUUAUGAUGAUGACGAUGAUGAUGAUUACUAGCUAAAUUUUUUAGAUGUAUGGCUGUGUGUGUUUUAAUUUGAUAAAAAUAUAAAGUGACACUAUAAGGAUGUCAAACACUUCACAUACGAUGGUUUGUGGAUGCUGUCAUUUCUCAUGAAGUCCAUCUUUGCCAGGAAGGUUCAAACUGCUUGAAAAUAAAUAAUAGUAGACAGCCAGAGUAGGUCGCUAUAGCACAAUGGAUUCUCAACACUUAUUGUCAAUAACUGUCUAUCAAAUUGGUUGAUCAAAUUACCACUACCAUGGCCGCUGGCCCCGAUCAACUUUCUUACAUUUUUACUUUGAAAGAGAAAGUAAGGCGUGGAAAGAAUCCCAUAUUGAAAACCAAAGGCAAGGAUUUCAUCAACCUUAAUCAAUUUCAGUUGUAAAAUUUUGAAGUUUGAUAAAAUGCAUAUCAAUAUGCUUUUGUUGAUUUUCCA